AUGGUCAAAUAUGUAGAGGGCAGCUGGGACGAAGAUUAUAUUCAGACAUUAGGGGUCAAUUUUAUGGAAAAGACGAUUUCAAUCCGAAACACAGAAAUCACAUUUUCGAUCUGGGAUCUGGGAGGGCAGCGAGAAUUCGUCAACAUGCUGCCUCUUGUUUGCAACGACGCCGUGGCUAUAUUGUUCAUGUUUGAUCUCACCCGGAAAAGCACGCUGAACUCUAUUAAAGAGUGGUAUCGACAAGGGCGUGGCUUCAACAAGACUGCCAUUCCCUUUCUCGUGGGGACUAAAUAUGACCAUUUCGUCAACUUCCCGCGCGAAGAUCAAGAGGAGAUAUCCAUACAGGCAAAACGAUUCGCCAAGGCGAUGAGGGCGAGCUUAAUUUUCAGCAGCACAAGUCAUAGCAUCAACGUGCAAAAGAUAUUUAAAAUCGUGCUUAGCAAGGCGUUUGAUCUCAAAUGCACGAUCCCCGAAAUCGAAAACAUCGGCGAGCCCUUGUUGCUGUACCAAUCCGUCUAA